AAUUGCUGUUGUUUACAUUUUUUUUCCCGAUUUGUGUAGGUAUAGAGUAUGAAUAACAUCUUAUGUUUGUUAGCGUCUGAAACCGAACUUAUGUCAUGUUUAACAGUGUAAUUUCUCACUGAAAGAAAUGACUUCUUUAGUUCAGAAAGUUUUUAUCAGUUUUAGCUCUUUAAAUUUUCUUUUCAUUUUUAUAAUUUCUUCGAAUUCAGCAGAAGAUGAUCAAAAUAAUGCAUACAUAGAAAACAUAACGGUAUUUGAAUCUGAUGUACAAUAUGAAAUACUAAACUCUACUAAUUCUGACUCCGAAUAUGAUAUUCGUAUAUUAAAUGAAAAUGCUAGUUUUUCAGAGAAUAGCAGUGAUAAAGAAAUUAAAGAUGACUCCAAAGUCAGCUUUCAGUCAGAUAUAGAUAUAUCUAUAAUUCGUUCAUUUACAACGCGAGAUGAAGAUAUAUGUAGCUGUGAUUUACUUUUAAAUGCAUGUGAUAUUAAUUGUUGUUGUGAUCUUGAUUGCAACGAAGAAGAUAUAAAAGUAUUCUCAAAAUGUCACUCUCAAAUACUAAUACCAGAUAAAAAUUAUUGCUAUCAAAAAGAUAUUAUUUUUAGAAACAAUACGAUUUACAAAAUGGAAAAAGACCCUGAGAGUUCUCUUUUCUGUAUCAUCCAUGAUAACUUUAAAGAACAUCUUCGAUUUAAAGACCUGCCAAUUAUCAGAUCGCAUCGAGAUUUAAAUAUAGUAUUGAAACAUUUAUCUAAAAAUACUUUUUCUUGGGACACCGAAGAUGAUAAUAAUAUUGAUGAAAGAAGUGGAAUGAUAGCUGGAAAUCCAAUAUUUAUUGACUUUGAAUUGAAAAAUCAUGAAAAGAGCACUAAGCAUUGGAGUUUAUUUUCAUCAUGUUUUACAAGUCUCUGUUCUUGUGAAGAGGAAGUUCACUAUCUUGAAGAUUUUAAAUCAUCUUGCAAUCAUAUUAUUAUGAAUUUAGAAGCAGAAUGUGAUAAAGAUACAUUUUUAUCUGCAAAUUUUUAUUCAGACUUUUGUAUAAAUCCACAAAGUACGUCACCAGAUGUAGUCUCUCAAUUAACAGAAUUAAUAACCCAUACUAAAGCUAUGAAUUCAAGCUCUGACAUUAGCUAUGAAAAGGAAAACAAACUUUGCCUUUCUUAUAACUUUAAAACUCCAAAAUAUUUUAAAAAUACAGGUAUAUGUCAAAAUGUUGUUAAAACAGUUCAUUUUAUUGUGGAACAUGAUGGUGUAAAUGGUAUUAAAAAUAUAACAGUGUAUUUUAAUUUUACUGAGUUAAAUAAUAUGGAAAAAAUACUUCAUCAACAUUUUGCUGUUGAUUUUAAAUGGACAAAUUUGACAGAAGUAACUCGCAGAAGCGGGAAUCCAGGUUAUCAGGUUGAUUUUCCUAUCCUUGCUGGAACAAAUAGCACAACUAUUGAUUCUGAACAACAGUUUUAUAUAACAGUCUAUCCUGAUGGUUUAAGUGUUUUAGAUAAAAAUAGUGAAGGAAAUUGUGGAAGUAACCGCAGAAGUAUUAAAUUUGGUAGGAAUUUAAAAUUGGGCUGUCAUUUCAAAAUCUCUUCUAGUCAAUGCAAAACUGUUCAAGAAGCAGUCCUUGCUGUUCUUUUAGGUCCAAGUAUAAAGCAAAUUUUUGUUGGUAUGUUUGGAAAUGCUAAUAGCAGCAACAGUGAUGAUUGGAUAGAAGUUUAUCAUGAAGAACUUGAUGUGGCAUCAGAUGAUGAUAAAUGUUACUUAACCACUGAUUUGAAAAUUGAUGUCCUUUAUGCAGCAGUUGGCACAGUUGCAAAUCCACAAUAUAAAAUUUUAGGUGUUGGAUACCAUUACAUAAGACCUGAGAUUGUAGAUUUAUCUUGUUCAUUACGAUGUCCUGAUUUAACUUUAUCAACUUCUGUAUCUUUUUUUGAUAUUACACAACCAGCCAUACCAAUUUAUCCAAAACUGCCUACCAUCAAAGCAAAUUUACCAGAUGAUUUUUUUUAUCCUUUUGUGUAUGGAGGAAGUUCCAGGUGUACCAUUGAUGUAUUUUUAAUUAUAUUAUAUUUUGUAAUGAAUUUUCUAGUCUUAAAAUAAAAAUUAUUUUAUCUAUUUUAAGUAUAGUACAUAAUACAGUCACAAUUCAGUCAUUUUUGUAAUAUUAUUGAUUUUUCAUCUAUUACAUAUAAUCUUUCCAGUGAUUUUACUAAAAAGAAAAAAAUUUCUUUUAUUGCUUAUUGCAAAAAAUUAUCUGUAAUAAGGAUUUCUUACAGCAUAAACAACUUUCCCACUAUUAAAUAAUGAAGAAAAUGCAUAUGUAAGAGCUGCUAAGAACCACAUACUGUUCUUAAAAGUGUCAAUGGUAGAAUGGUAGAAGAAUCUACCAUUAACACUUUUAAGUAUGUGGUUUAUUUUACCCUGUUUCAUAGCACAAUAAUUUUAUUCCUUAUGUUUUGGUUUUCAAAUUGCACCUCAGCAUGGCUUGCUAUUUCUUUUAAUAGUGGUUGUUUAUGUAGAGAUUUUGGCUUCAAGUGAUAAAUGUUUCUCCCAUGCACUGAUGAAGUGUUCCAGUUUUCUCACUUUUAAAAAAAGACUGAGCGAUAAAGAUUCCUGCCUACUCUAGUGAUGUGUUACAGUUUUACAGACAUUUAAGAAAUGCCUGAGUGAUAACGGUUCCUGCCAUACACUGAUGAAGUGCUCCAGAGUCAGGUCCUCCAAAUAUUAUCCUUCAGCUUUAUGUAAGCUUGAUUAGUUACCUGAUUUCUGAAGUCUGUGAUCGUAAGUACCAUUUACCUUGUCUUAGUGGUGAAUUAAUUAUGUAAAUUUGAAGUUUUUGGAGUGUCAGUAUAUAUUUAAGAGUUUUCUAGAUUAGGUUAAAGUAAUGAUUAUGUGAAAACUGUGUGUUAAAAUGUAAAUAUUUAUUCAGGAGAUGAGUUUUGAGACUAGGAAGUCUUUAUUUGCAUUUUUAUAGUGACUUAAACAUGCUAAUUAUGUUUCAGAAUUGUGUAAUUAUUCAGCACCAAAAAUUUAGCUGCACAACACAACUUUUAUUUCUUCAGAAAUUUAACAUUUCGCCCCCCCCCUUCAUUUUCUGCAACCUGAUAGCCAACUUGCAGAAUUUCUUGUAUUUUCUUUCUUUUCCAAUAUCUAUUGUAAAAAAGAAAAAGAAGAAAGAAAAUUAUCAAGAAUCUUCAAAAAGAGAAAAUUGGACUAGGACAAACAAACUUACAAAACUGGUGAAUAUGAAGUAUAUGUUUAACAAGGAACAAUAAUAAAAAAAUUUAAAUUCUC